CUUUGGUAAAAAUACCUGCAUCGACAGAACGCGUUCAUAGGAGGUAAGGUGGGCAUGUACAGAAUAAGGUACUUCGUAGGAGAGAGUACCGACCUACCUUCCAUCCUACCCAAUAGACACCGUUAGGUUGCCCCGCAACAUGCGCGCAAACACCCAAGGAUAGCCUGAUAGGUAAGGAGGGCAGAGUUCACUGCCUUAGGUCGAUUUCUUCUCAGUUGAUCCCGCCAAGAAUUCUCACAGGCAAUGCACCCGACGCACUCCCAGAAGAAUAUUUGAAAAUGGCAACCGAGCUCGACGACAAGGCCUUUCAUUCGGCGCAGAGCCUCUCCCUCAAGCUCCUUGGCGCCUUUCCCGAUUAUGUUGCCGAUUUCGAGGCGAAGUUGCAGAGCUGGCAGGAGGCCAUCUCGCCGUCGUCCGAUCCUUCUACCUGGUCUUCCGUGCCCGAGGUUGAUGCGCUCAUUGCUCUUGGGCCCAAGACCGUCCCCCUGCCUCUGCGGCACCUGUCGCGAGCCGAAGAAGAUGCCACAGCCACGUUCCUCUACAACAAGCUAGAGCACGAUCCCGAAUACCUCGUUGACAACGCCGACCCUACACGAAAUGUCACCGCCAUCCUCAAAAAGAACUUCAGGCGGAACCGGGUCGUCCGCAAUGCCCUUCUCGAUUGGGACGAGCACUGUGAGAUGGUUGCCAUCCACAGCAAUGCCGAAUGGCGUACCGAAUGGGACGAGUUCGAAGAACUGGUCAAGCUCGGCCCGCCCGUGAUCCCGCAGCUGAUGCUGAAGUACAAGCCCCGAAACGGGCCGACCUUUAGCUACGAGUUGCUGCACGCCAUCCUUUGGGGAUACACGACGGAGCUGCAGACUAUAAGCCUAGUCGACCAGUAUAACAUGUGGGAUGACUGGUUCCAGAAGAGGAACUAUAACGAGGCGCCGCAUUACGCUCACCCGUCGCAGAGGGUCCGCGAAGAAUAGGUGCGGGUAAAUCAUGGCCGGGCGAGUUUUAACGGCAGAUGAUGUGCUGCGAAUCCCUUUGCAAGGGUGUGUUGUCUCUUCUUCGGUACCGAGUCAAUCAAGGCUUCAGAUCAUUUCUCUUGCGUCCACCGUACCCCAGUCGUC